AUGGCCAACCGACAACAAAUAGCCCUCCCAUCCCGCCCCUCAAUCCUCGACAGCGUCCGCCUCCGCAACAUCGAGCUCCCCCUCCCCUCCGCCCCGGAAGCCUGGCACCGCGACGGCAAAUCCCAACCCUGCACCGCAACCCUCAAACUCUCCUACUCCGAUAUAACAACGGCCGCCGAAACCGACAACGUCGCCCUAACCCUAGACUAUGGCAAGCUCUUCCGCCGGCUAGAAUCCGAUGUCCGCAACAUGGGCGAGAACACCUCAUCCCCGAGACACCCGCUCCAGCGCCUCAUCAGUCUCGAGGGCACGCAACGCCACGAAAUGCACUCCACCGGGCUGGGGCAGGACCCGCGCGUGAUAGCCGGUGUUGUCGCGAAUGCCGGGUUGGGGUUGCUGGAGACGACGGCUGCGGGCGUUGCGUCGAAGAAUAUCUCUGCUGCGUAUGGGGAGUGUGAGGUUGAGCUGCAUUUGCCCAAGGCGUUGCUGCGGGCCGAUCAGGGGUUGAGGUAUCGGGCGGUUGUUGCUUUGGGUCCUGAUGAGGGGAGGGGCGAGGAGACGCGGCAGUUGGUUGUUUUGGAGGAGGAGUUCCACAUUGAGGGAAUUAGGUGCUAUGCUAUUUUGGGGGUCAAUCCUCAUGAAAGGCUUGAGAAACAGGCUGUUGUUGUUGGGCUUACAUUCCGCGGGCCUGGGCAGUUGGGUUGGGGGUCGAAGGUUGUUGAGACUUAUCAGGCUGUUACCAGGGCUGUUGCUGAGAAGGUUGACCAGACUGAGUUCAAGUCUGUGGAAUCGCUGGCUACUUUUGUUGCUCGCAUUGUGACGGUUGAGUUUGGCAAUGAGUGUGUUACGGUCAAGGUGGAGAAACCGAGUGCUCUUGCUUUUGUUCAGAUGUCUGGUGUGGAGAUCACUCGCGCGAAAGCGUUUUUCGAGAGUCAUUAG